AUGAAUUCAACAAUAUACAGUUCUACCGUAUCCAAUGACAAAGAAUUGUAUAUUAUUUGCUCUUUAUCAGCAGGCUUUGGUCUUAUAUCUAUAAUACUUUCUAUGACAAUUGUGAUCAUAGUUAAACAUGCAAAACGUCGUCUACAUACAGUUCGGCAUUUACUUACAUGUAAUACAUGUAUUGCAUCAAUGCUUUAUUGUAUUAUACAAACUAUUAAUUAUAUUUUUCUCAUCUUUUUACCUUCGAUAACAAGUGACGUUGCGUGCCGAUGGCGAGGUUAUUUUGCUUACAUGUCAAUAUCAGCAGCUACUUAUUCUUAUCUUGUUCAAGCAGUAUCACGUCUUUUCUUUUCAAUAUUUGCAAGAAAAUAUCCUUGGUUAACAACAUUUAAAGCACAUUAUGUUCUUAUUUUUAUACAUUGGUUGAUUGUUUUAAUUAUACCAUUACCAUCAGUUAUUACAAAAGAUAUUUAUUUUCGUCCUGGUUCUCUUUGUUGGGUACCUUUUAAAUAUUUACUUCAUAUGGGUUAUACUGCCGUUGCUUAUUAUGUUGUACCAGUUGUCUCAAUUAUAAUUAUUUACAUUUAUAUUUAUCGAAAAAUUCGAAGAACAAAACAAUCUGCUGAAACUAUACUUAAUACAACAAAUGAUAAACGUGAUCUUGAAGUUCUUCGAAAUAUUGUUAUUCUCUUAUGUAUUUAUAUAGUAGGUGGAGUUCCAACUUUACUAUUUUUAUUUACUAAUAUUAACAUAUUAUAUUUGUCUGGUAUUGUUACAUUCACAUUUACUGUAGUUGUGGAAAAGAUAUGUACGAUUUCAUUGGAUCGAGAACUUCGUCAAGCUCUGAAAAGUAUAAUACAUUCAUCAAAUCGAGUCAUGCCAUUUGAAAAUUCACUUUCAUUAACGAGAGAACAAAACAAAACUGUACGUUUACAAUAA